AAGGAGCAGCUGGAGGAGCACCUGCAGCCGCUGCCCGAGCACGACUACUUCGAGUUCUUCGCCAACGACUCCAGCCUCUACCCGCACAUGUUUUCGAGAGCCUACAUCAACUUCAAAAACCAGGAAGACAUAGUCCUCUUCAGGGAUCGCUUUGACGGCUAUGUUUUUGUGGAUCACAAGGGUCAGGAAUAUGCAGCCAUAGUAGAGUUUGCACCUUUCCAAAAAGCUGCAAAAAAGAAGAGUAAGAAAAAGGAUGCCAAAACGGGGACCAUUGAAGACGAUCCAGAAUACAAGAAGUUUCUGGAAAGUUACAGUGCAGAUGAUGAAAAAUUAACCUCAACUCCUGAAACUCUACUGGAAGAAAUAGAGGCAAGAAACAAAGAGCUGAUAGCUAAGAAGACUACUCCCUUACUGAACUUCCUGAAAAAUAAACAGAGGCUGAGAGAAGAAAAAAGAGAGGAGAGGAGGAGGAGAGAACUGGAAAGGAAAAGACAAAGAGAAGAAGAAAGAAGAAAGUGGAAGGAGGAGGAGAGAAGGAAGAGAAAAGAAGCGGAAAAACUGAAGAAGGUAGACAGAUGUCCAGAAAAAGAAAGGGACAGAUCAAAAGAAGAGCCAAAGAUUAAGUUACUUAAGAAGCCUGAAAAAGAUGAAAAAGACUUGGAGAAAAAAGAAAAAUCCAAGAAACUGGAAAAAGAGACUCUAAGGGAGGAAAAAAAUGCGAGUAGUGCAUCUGCCAAACGAUCUGAUGGGGAGACAAAAGAAGAGAAGGCAAAAAAGUCAGAAGAUGAGUGUGUAAAGGACUACAGGGACCGAGAUAGAGAUUUUGAAAGAGACAGAGAAUAUGAGAGAGCACAGAGGGAGAAACUGAGACGCCAAGAAGAGGAGCGUCGGAGGCAGAAAGAGCGCUUUGAGAAAGAGAAGGUUUUUAGAAGAAAAGAGGAAGAGGUGAAAAAGGAGAGAGACUUGCUCAGAGAAAAGGGAAAGAAAAGUGAUCUCACAGACUUUACCAGCAACACAGACAAACCUGAAAAAGUAACCAAAGACGAUAAAAAAGAGGAUACAGUUAAGAGGGAUCGUAUCAGAAACAAGGAUCGUCCAGCAAUGCAGUUGUACCAGCCGGGAGCCCGAAGCCGAAGCAGAUUGUGUCAGUAUGAAGACAGUGCCGCAAAGCCCACAGAUCAGGGAGCAGAUAAAAAAACAGAGAAUGAGACGAGUAAUACGAAGGAAGAGGAGUGAUUAGCACACAUGCCUUACGUGUUCUGACUGUCUGUGCAGCCAAAGAGCUUGUACUACGCAAUCCAGAAGUGCCUUCGAAGCGAAGAAGGAACACAGGAGGAAAAGGGGGCAUUGUGCUGUUGGAUGUUUCUGGCUAAAGAACCUCAGUUGUAGAUUCAGAAUU